AUGGCUCGACCAUUUGUGUUUGGAACGCUGCGGGAGGCAUUCCGCAGCCAACUCCGCACCACGCCGCACCUUGCGUCGCUCUGGCAGAAAGGGCCCGGCGGCACGCUCAAUUGUACGCGAAGCAUGCCCAUGGAGAUCGGGCUGCGGCAGGAGAUUUUCGCGGCGGCGGCGCAAAACCCGGGCCGCGCGCCUGUUCGCGUGGCGCAGACAGUGGCGUACGCCAAGGCGCUCGCGCGGUUUUACCGCUACGGCUUGGGCGCGGCGUGGCGCAACAUCAAGACGGCGCGCGCGCUCCGGCGCCAGUACGUGCUUUCGCCGUGGGUGGACCGGGCGGGCGACGCGGGCGCCAUCAGUUUGCCGCGGUUUCGCGUGCUUGCGCGUGCCAUGGCGCAGGCCAUAUAUAUGGACAAGAUGGAGGGAGACAAGGUGAGGAAAACACAAAGGUCUGAAAAAACAGAGACGACAGACACAGAGAAGGCAAAAACAGAGACGACAGACACAGAGAAGGCAAAAACAGAGGCACAGCCAGCAAAAACAGAGGCAAUCGUGACUACGCCAGAAUCUUUCUCAACUGAAAACUCAGAAACAGCAAAAGGGACAGAGGCAACGGGAGCCGAGGCAACAGUUUCUGAUGCGGAAGUUGCGAAAACGCCUUCUGAAGCGACACUUUCUGGCGAAAGUGUCGUGCCUUCUGGCGAAAGUGUCGUGCUUUCUGGCGAAGGUGUCUUGUUUUCGCUCGCGCGGCGCGACUUCCAGCUUCUCCGCCGCGCGCCGCCCGACGCCGCCAAACUCCCGCUCUUUGCGCUCGUGGCCACGCUCUUGGGCGAGCUCACCCCGCUCAUCUGCUACGCGGUGCCGGAAAUCAUGCCGCUGACUUGCUGCCUCCCGCUGCUUUUGCCGCGCGUGUGGCGUGCCGCGCCGCUCGAAAACGUCCGCACGCUUGUUCGCGCGCAGCCGCCCGACGCCUACGCCCAGAAAACCGCCUUUGCCUUGCCGCCCGCCCAUGUGCGCGCGCUCUGCCUGGCGCUCCGCCUCAAGGCCCGCUACAUCCCGCUGUGGAUGUACCCCGAGAAAGUUCUCCGCCAGAGGCUUCAGGACCACUACAACUAUUUGUGUGUGGACGACUUUUACCUCAGCGGCCAUAACGGCGACGGCAAUGUGUGGAGCUUGACGCCGCAGGAGGUUGUUCUCGCGUGCUUGGAGCGGAAUCUCGGCGGCGACGUGCGCCAGUUGGUGUCGGGCACCGAGCCCGAGCGCCGCGAGCGCUUGGUCCAGUGGCGCUUGAAGUUGGUGCAGUAUCUUGCCAACGCGCCUGCGGCCAACGUGGGGUAUUUGGGCGUAGCCGCCCUCAUGGAGGCGCCGCGCGCCGAAAUCGCCCGCUGGUAG